AAGACAGAAGUCUCCCACUUCGGGGUAAAAAACAUCAUUAUAUCCGUUGGGACGGUCUGCAGAGUUAAAAAUAGAAAGCUAAAUCGACUUCUAUGGGAUUGUGCAGUGCGGAUGGCACUACGAUUCUCUCUAUCUACAUGGAGUCGUAGAGAGAAAAACGUUCUUUUCAUUUUCAGGCUCGCAUAUUUUGGCACAUCUGCCAUUUCACUGAAAACAGGGCUGAAACUAAUCUCAAAACAAGCGAAUCAACCACAGAGCAAGGAAAGACAAUCGAAGGAUGUGCUUUGUGAUUUACUUAUGAUGGACAGGCAACACAUACUACCCGACGCGUACACAUAUGCUUCUGUUUUACAGCAGUGCAUCGAUGCGAAAGCCGUUGCAGAGGGAAAGCGGCUGCACGCCCACAUGGUACAAUCUGGUUUUGAUCCUGAUGUAUAUUUAGCUACCAAACUAGUGGUUAUGUAUUCCAGGUAUGGAUUCUUACUGGAUGCACGCCAAUUGUUCGACAAAAUGCUUGAGCGAAAUUCGGUUUCAUGGAGUUCCCUUGUCGUAGGAUACGCUCAACAUGGUCAGGGCGAGGAGGCGUUGGUUUUUUUCAAUGAGAUGAGACGGGAGGGGAUGAGGCAAGACGAAUACAGUUUCUCCAGCGUUCUCAAGGGAUGCGCUGGAUUAGGCAUUCUGGAGCAAGGAAAACAGGUACAUCAGUGCAUGAUAAAGUCGGGACAUGAAUCAAAUAUAGUUAUAGGCAGUGCACUUGUAGACAUGUAUGUAAAAUGUGGUAGUGUAGAGGAUGCACGCAAUGUGUUUGACAACAUGUCUCAACGGGAUGUGGUCUUGUGGACGAGUAUUAUUGCAGGUCAUGCUCAGAAUAAGCGUGGAAAUGAUUGCCUUGAGCUUUUCAAACAAAUGCUGUGCACAGAUGUGAAGCCGAACCAUUUCACGUUUGGUGGCGUUCUCAUGGCAUGCUCGAGCCUGGAAGCCCUUGAACAAGGCAAACAAAUUCAUGGAUGGCUGGUUAAGAGCGGGCUACUUGUAAAUGUGGUUUUGGGUAACGUGCUAACUGACAUGUAUUGCAAAUGUGACAGUGUCAAGGAUGCGCGCCAAGUGUUUGACGAAAUGCCGCAAAAAACCGAGGUAUCAUGGAAUGCUCUGAUUGCUGGAUAUGCACAGCAAGGUCACGAGAAUGAAGCUUUGAGAUUUUUUGAUCAGAUGCAGCAGACAAAUAUGAAGGCGGAUAAGAUCACAUUCAUAAGCCUUCUCAAGGCAUGUGCAGGCUUAGCAAACAAAAAAGGAGGAGAAAAGGUUCAUGCUUCAGUAAUCAAGAAUGGAUUAGAGUCUCAAGAGGUUACGGAAUGUGCCCUUAUUGAUAUGUAUGCCAAAUGUGGGAGCUUAGAUGAUGCACGGUUUAUCUUUGAUGAAAUAUCUAGUUACAACAUGGUUUCAGGGAACACAAUGAUAACAGCAUAUGCUCAGAGUGAUCUAGGAGAGGAAGCUUUAGAAGUUUUCCAUCAAAUGCAGCAGGCAGGCAUGAAAUCAGAUCUGUACACCUUUGCGAGUCUUUUGCAAGCAUGUGCAGGCAUAGCAGACCUUGAUCUAGGUAAACAAAUUCAUUCUCACAUAGUCAAAAUUGGACUUGAAUUGGAUGUUGCUUUUGAGAAUUCUCUCAUUAAUAUGUAUGCGAAGUCUGGCAGCAUUGAGGAUGCUCGUCAAGUUUUUGAGGAAAUGCCUGAAAGAAGUGUUGUCUCAUGGACCUCAAUUAUUAUAGGAUAUGGCAAACACGGUCUUGGAAGGGAAGCCAUCCAAAUUUUCGAGAGAAUGCAACAGACUGGCAUGAAAAUGGAUCAUGUUACUUUCCUCGCUGUUUUAUUUGCGUGCAGUCAUGCAGGUCUUGUAGAUGAAGGUUGGCAAUACUUCCAUUCAAUGAGCAGGGAGCAUUGUAUAGCACCAAGAGCUGAGCACUAUGGUUGCAUGAUUGACCUUCUUGGUCGUGCCGGGCUAUUGGAUGAGGCAUACGAUUUUAUAAUGAAAAUACCAAUUGAACCUAAUGCAGAAAUGUGGGGAGCAUUGCUUGGUGCCUGCAUAAAUCAUGCUAAUACAAAGCUAGGGAAGCUUGUCGCAGAACGUCUAUUUGAGUUAGAUCCUCAAAAGGCUGCCAACUAUGUUGCAUUGUCAAACAUAUAUGCAGCAGUGAGCGAGUGGGAAGAAGUAAAAAAGAUAAGAAAUUUAAUGAAAGACAGGGGUGUAAUAAAGGAGCAAGGACGUAGCUGGAUUAUCGUCGAUAAGAAAUUACAUGAAUUCUGUGUAAAGAGACACAUUGUACCCACAAACGGCAGAGAUUCAUGCACAAUGAGCUAAUUUGGCUGCAGAGAUGGAUGAAACAAGGGUAUGCACCCAACACAAUUUCUCAAUUGCAUUAUGUUGAGGAAGAGCAGAAGAAAGGCAUUAUAUGCUACCACAAUAAGAAGGUUUAAUCAAGAUAAGUCAUAGGAUUCCUAUACAAAUAUUUCAAAACUUCCACCUUUUUGCUGACUGCCACCCUGCAGGUAGGUUUAUAUCUAGGACCGUUUCUCGAAAUUGUUGUAAGGGAUGCCAUUCUCUUUUGUCAUAUGAACCAUGGAUCGUCUGGAGAAAUCAUUUCCUACAUUUAAGGACCUAGCACGUGGAUCUCAAGAGGAUUACUGAGUAUAGCACGUUACAGUGAAAAAAUUAGGCCCGCACAUAGGGAAAUCAGGAAUACUUUCAGGCUUUCCCUAGAGGAAGUUUCCAAGCAAGGAAAAAAGGCAGUCCAAAGAGGAAUUUUCAAUCUCUGUUAGGGAGGUAUGACCUGUCAUGGAUUGAUGUUCUAGUUACAAGAUCAGUGGCGUGGACUUGGAAUCUGCUUACUCAACAAUAGGAGUUGACUGCGAUGAUUUCGGAGUUAGUUCCAACUUCCAGAUUCUUGAAGUCAGGUUUUAUGACUUCCAUCCUCUUUUUAGCUUAAUUUCUCACUCUUAAUGACAGCAUUCUCGCUGCUUAAAUUCCCACCAGACAGGAGCGUUUUGAUUUCCUGCAGCAGUAUCAAGAAACCAAUGAGCACAUCAAAAGGGGAGUUACGAAAUUGCCCAUAAGGCAAGGCAACACUGAGAAUGUCAUUAGUUUCAAGUUGAAUACAUUUGGGAAAUUUCAAUCAGCAAGAGUACAAUCUAUCAGACUCUUUCAACAAUUAAAUUCAUUUUACUUUCAGUCUUCAUUCCUCUGUCACUUCUUUCAAGUUGAAUACAUUUGGGAAAUUUCAAUCAGCAAGAGUACAAUCUAUCAGACUCUGUCAACAAUUAAAUUCAUUUUACUUUCAGUCUUCAUUCCUCUGUCACUUCUUGGAGAUCCAAGAAAUCAGCAAGAGUCCAAUCUAUUAGACUCUAUCAACAAUUAAAUUCAUUUUACUUUCCGUCUUUAUUCCUCUAUCACUUCUUGGAAAUCCAAGAAAACAAAACUACAAUAUGAUUUAAGAAUGAAUUAAAAUUUAUUGUCCACAAAGUAAA